GCCCGUCAAGUCACUAAAAAGCGGCUGGAGGCGCGUGCGGCCUUCCACACGCACUCUGCCGGCCGACAAAUUCACCCGUCUCGGCUUCGACAGUCGAACAUCUGACGGCCCUCACUCGCUUCUCCUCGCCUUCUCCCUCAGCGGACACGCAGCAACACCUCGGCUCGGCGGUCCGAGAGAGAAGAGAAAGCCGAGACUCGGCCUCCCUUCCCCGCCCCCUUGACGAUCUCCCCGGGGUCUUGUCGAGCGUGUUGUCCUCGCCUCUUGUGUCGUUCAUGCGGGGUAAAUCCUUUGGCUAGCUCGGCGCCGUGUUGCCUUUCCGUUUUUUGGAAUUCCCGCAGUCAUAGCGAAGAUGGAGUGUGCGUGGAAGCCAGACGAGCAAGGACUCCAUCAGAUUUUACAGCUGCUCAGGGAGUCGCAGUCGCCGGAUACGUCCACCCAGAGAUCCGUCCAGCAAAGACUGGAGCAGCUCAACCAGUUCCCUGAUUUCAACAACUACUUAAUAUUUGUUCUGACCAAGCUCAAAUCGGAAGGGUUUCAUGUUGUUCACCUUCCUUCGUAUCUCUCUUCUCUUCUCCCCCGGCAAGACGAGCCCACGCGCUCUCUGAGCGGUCUCAUACUGAAGAACAACGUGAAGGCUCACUAUCAGAAUUUCCCUCAAGGGGUGUCCAGUUUCAUCAAGAACGAGUGCCUCCAAAACAUCGGCGACUCCUCGCCGCUCAUCCGCGCCACCGUGGGCAUUUUGAUCACCACCAUCGCGUCGAAGGGAGAGCUGCAAAACUGGCCGGAGCUUCUGCCCAAACUGUGCCAGCUGCUGGAUUCCGAAGACUACAACACGUGCGAGGGAGCCUUCGGAGCCUUGCAGAAGAUCUGCGAGGACUCCGCCGAGAUCCUGGACAGCGACAUGUUGGAUCGUCCCCUUAACAUCAUGAUCCCCAAGUUUUUGCAGUUCUUCAAGCACAGCAGCCCCAAGAUCAGGUCUCAUGCCAUCGCCUGUGUGAAUCAGUUCAUCAUCAGCAGGACUCAAGCCCUCAUGCUGCACAUCGACGCUUUCAUCGAGAACCUGUUUGCGCUGGCCACCGACGAGGAGCCCGAGGUGCGCAAGAACGUGUGCCGAGCCCUCGUCAUGCUGCUGGACGUUCGCCUGGACCGCCUGCUGCCGCACAUGCACAGCAUCGUCGAGUACAUGCUCCAGAGGACGCAGGACCAGGAUGAAAACGUAGCUUUGGAGGCCUGCGAGUUCUGGCUGACGUUGGCCGAGCAGCCGGUCUGCAAGGAGGUGCUGUGCGGACACCUGUCCAAGCUCACGCCGGUGCUCGUCAACGGGAUGAAGUACUCGGAGAUCGACAUCAUCAUGCUCAAGGGCGACAUCGAGGAGGACGAGGCCAUCCCCGACAACGAGCAGGACAUCCGCCCUCGCUUCCACCGCUCGCGUACCGUCGCCCAACAGCACGACGGCGACGGCAUCGAGGAUCAGGACGAGGACGAUGAGGAGGACGACGACGACGACGACGCCAUGUCCGAUUGGAAUCUACGGAAAUGCUCGGCGGCGGCGCUGGACAUCCUGGCCAACGUGUUCCGGGACAACCUGCUGCUGCACAUCCUGCCGCUUCUCAAAGAGCUGCUCUUCCAUCCCGAGUGGGUGGUCAAGGAGUCGGGCAUACUCGUGCUGGGAGCCAUCGCUGAAGGUUGCAUGCAGGGAAUGAUUCCGUACCUCCCCGAGCUGAUCCCCCACCUGGUCCAGUGUCUGUCGGACAAGAAGGCGCUGGUGCGUUCCAUCACCUGCUGGACGCUGAGCCGCUACGCCCACUGGGUGGUCAGCCAGCCCCCCGAUGUCUACCUGAAGCCCCUCAUGACCGAGCUCCUCAAGCGGAUACUGGAUAGCAACAAGCGCGUGCAGGAGGCCGCCUGCAGCGCCUUCGCUACCUUGGAGGAGGAGGCGUGCACGGAGCUGGUGCCCUACCUGGCCUUCAUCCUGGACACGCUGGUGUUCGCCUUCAACAAGUACCAGCACAAGAACCUUCUCAUCCUUUACGACGCCAUCGGCACGCUGGCCGACUCGGUCGGUCACCAUCUCAACAAACCGGAGUACAUCCAGAUGUUGAUGCCCCCUCUGAUCCAGAAGUGGAACCAGCUGAAGGAUGAAGACAAGGAUCUGUUCCCUUUGCUGGAGUGUCUGUCAUCGGUGGCGACGGCCCUGCAGAGCGGCUUCCUGCCCUACUGCGAGCCCGUGUACCAGCGAUGCGUCAACUUGGUCCAGAAGACCCUCGCUCAGGCCAUGCUGUACCAGUCGCAGCCGGAACAGUACGAAGCGCCGGAUAAGGACUUCAUGAUCGUGGCUUUGGAUCUCCUCAGCGGCCUGGCGGAGGGUUUGGGCGGCACCAUUGAGGAACUGGUCGCCCGCAGCAACAUCCUCACCCUCAUGUAUCAGUGCAUGCAGGACAAAAUGCCCGAAGUGCGUCAGAGUUCCUUCGCUCUCCUGGGCGAUCUGACCAAGGCGUGUUUCCAGCACGUCAAACCGUGCAUCGCUGACUUUAUGCCCAUACUGGGCACCAAUUUAAAUCCCGAGUUCAUAUCCGUCUGCAACAAUGCAACGUGGGCAAUAGGAGAGAUCGCUAUACAAAUGGGGCCCGAAAUGCAGCCGUACGUUGCCGUGGUGCUGCACCAGCUGGUAGAGAUCAUUAACAGGCCCAAUACGCCAAAGACUCUUUUGGAAAACACAGCAAUAACAAUUGGUCGUCUUGGUUACGUUUGCCCUCAAGAGGUGGCACCCAUGCUACAGCAGUUUAUAAGACCCUGGUGCACCUCCCUGCGCAACAUAAGAGACAACGAGGAGAAAGAUUCGGCUUUCCGAGGAAUUUGCACCAUGAUAAGCGUCAACCCGGGAGGUGUGGUACAGGAUUUUAUCUUCUUUUGUGACGCGGUGGCGUCUUGGGUCAACCCCAAGGAAGAUUUGCGAGACAUGUUCUACAAGAUCCUUCACGGCUUCAAGAACCAGGUGGGCGAGGAGAACUGGAGGCGCUUUUCCGACCAGUUCCCCAUGCCGCUAAAAGAGCGCCUGGCCACCUUCUAUGGGGUCUAAAAAGGGGCCGGGGGUCUUUGAUGUCAGGAGAAAACAUAGGGAACCUCUUUGACCCAGGGAACACCACGCCCUUUAGCAGGGGGGAGGAUCCGCCUAAUGGGGGAGGGGGGUCGGGUGCCGGGCCCGCUCCCCCCUUCACUUGGCGGGAUGGGGUGGGAGGGUGGCGCGGCUCCCAGUGGGCCUGCGCGGGAACAGGGGGGAACCGAUCGGGGAACGAGGACAACAUAACCAAAGUCGCCAUUUAUUAUCACGUCGUCAUCGUUUAGCUUUUGAGUUUCCGCAAUUUCCGCGAGGUUUUCGUGACUAAAGCGGAACUCGGUCCCCGCCGGAUCGUUGCCAGAUCCUUUUCAAUCCAUUUCCUCCGAUGCUAGCAAAAUAAGGAAUUGCCAGAAUGAAGUUGAAGUAGGAGGAGAAUUAAGGCAAGGAACAGAAAUAGCUGCAAUGUUACAAAUGUGAAGUGAUGUGACCUUUUCAUUUUUCCGGGAGGGAGGGGGGGGGGGGGGGGAUCAGUUGUACGUGAAUUGUAGUUAAAAGAAGCCAUAACGUUACGAGUCUCAAUUUUAUAAUCGUAAGCGAACCUCAACUGUGACUUUGACACGAGUCGUCGUAGUUGUUUGAGAAUAUAGUUGUCGUUUUACGAAACCGUCGUUUUACAAGUGCUACAAUAGUCAUUUAAGUGAAUGGUUUUAAAUUUUACGCAAAACACGAGAAGAAUUUGACAAAAAUAGAGCGGGAAUUUUACGAGAAUAGUCAUAGUUUACAAAAACAAAAGUGCUGGUAGGGACAACCGUCGCAGUAGCACUGAAGUCGGAGUUUUACGAGCGUCAAUUUGUAAUUUUACAUCAAAAUAAAGCCAUAGUUUCGCCCCUCAAAAAGUUGGCAUUUUAGGAAAAUAAAGCCGUCAUUUUCAAGAACAAAAUCUGAAUUUUACAAUCUUUGAAUUUUAUAAGAAUCAAAUAUCACAAUUUCAUGGAAGUAAAGUCGUCAUUUUAUAGGAAUAUUUAUAAACAAUUCCAAUAGUUGUAAUCGUACGAAUAGUUGGAAACGUCACACUACACUUGUAUUCUAUAUUUGACAAUUUUUAGCCUCGUGAUAUCUGAAAAAGUGCGACUUUUUCUUUCUUUCCGUAAAACUAUGACUUUUUUUGCCGUACUAUUCCGAGUUAAUAUGACAGAUUUGGCAAAUUGUGGAAAAAGAACAAAAGUGACGAUGUAACCGCAAUGGUUUCCCAAAGCUUCUUCCUUCGUGUUGUUGAAUCUUCGUUGUCGUGUCUCGUGCAUGAUGUUUUGGAUAUUUUUUUUUUUUUGGCGGGGUGGCGGGUUGACUAUGCUCUCAUUUCACGCAUGUCGGCGGCCCCCUGAAUUUAGCGGCGAAUUAAACGUUGCAUUAAGGAAAAUGUUUGGGACGUCGUAUGUGUUUGGUCCUCCCUAUCCUCGCUUUGGAAAUACUGUGAAGUCAAAACAGCCUGAAUGUAUUGUGUGAUCAUUUGGUAUCAACCAUUUUGAUUUGCCCCUUUCUGCCCUCUGCUGGCCAGAGUAAAAGUAUUUGAACCCUGGAAAUUGGAGCUGAUUACAUGUGAAGUGAUGCUGCUAAAAUUUCUCAUUUGAAUGCAAACAAGUCAUUGGGCUUUCUUCAUUUUGUGACAAAAACAUGGACGGCAAAACCUCUAAAGUCCAAUGAGGGGCAAUGUUUGAAUUGGCUAACGAUUUUCGUUAUUCUUAUGGAGUUAAAACUUUUUUCUUUUUUUUUUUUUACAUACAUUUUUUUUUUUAACAGCCAUUUAGUAGCCAAAAUAUAACUGAAUCAUUUUAGUAUCAUUUUAGGAAAACAAUACGUUUUGAAUUUGGAUUUAUUAUUUGAGGAUAGUAAAAUUUUAACAAUCUUAAACAAGCGUGAAAAAAUAAGUCCUUUUUUGUGGGCAAUUUUGAUAACAAUUAUUUUUCCCCAUUUGCAGGUACAACCAUUUAGUGUAACAUGUUCUUAAAGGUCAUGUGCAAGGCUUAGGAGCGACUUUGGUCACCCAUCAGUAGCGUUGGACUUUAGAGGUUCUCAGUGGCGCACUAUGGAAUACUCACAGGCCAAUUCCUCGUGUGUGUACACGUCACUUUUUGUCUGUCACAUUCCAAUGUUGUGGUUGCUGUUCGAUUGUGUGCGUGUGCGUGCAUGUUGUUCUUGGCGAUUUUGCUACUUGAAGAUGUUUUCUACAUGUGAUCCUCAGGUCAUUUGUGUUUGCCGGUCUUAGUGUUUGAAGCCUGCCCCCCUUCCCUUCCCUUCCUUUGUGUACAGAAGUAAGAACUUGUGCUUUCUUUUUUUUUUGACAAAAGUCCUUUUUAAAUGUUCUCAUCGGCAACUCGGUUGUAAAAAGAUGUUAAAACGGUUGAGCUAAACGGUCAUAAUGUGGCCAAAUGCAUGAAGUUGGAACUUUAUGAAACUGAAGUGGCAAAAUAGUGGCAAAAUAAAGAUUUUUUUUUUUUUCAGGAAAAGUUGUAAAGUUUUAAGUCAUAAAACAAUCAUCAUUAAAAUCAUGACGUUUUACAUCACAGUUAAAUGUUAUAGAAAAUAGAGAAAAAAAAUCUUAUUCAUGACAAUAAAAGAAUACAAUGAAAUUGUAAUUUUAUGAUAUUCCUAAUCUGACAGAGCCAUUCUAUUCAUGCAAUACAAUAUUAGCACGUUAGGAGACUAAGGUCAUAACUUUACAAAAGUAGUCAUAAUUUCUCUAAAUCAUACUUUCAUGAAAGUCACCACUUUUUGCAGGAUUCAUAAUUUCACACAAUGUAAAGUUGGAAUUUGACUUCUAUGAAAAAGCCACAAUUUUCCACAAAUAGCCAUCAUUUUACAGGAAUGUCAAUUUGACCAGAAUGUCAUUUCUCAAAACAAAGUUGGAUAUUACCUAAAAUUGUACCCAUUUUUUUUUUUGCUGCAGAAAUAAAUAUGAAUUUUCUACUCUAAUGGAAAAACACAAAGUUAAUACAAGUAUUAUGCGCACCAAAUUUAGCCCACCUGAUAUAGAUGAUCUGCAUUUUUGUCCAUUAAUGAGCUACUGUAAUAAAAUGGUUAAGAAUAAUUUUGGGGCCACCAAAUAUUUUGAAUCAUGCAAAGAAUAUAUAUUGUACUGUUUUUGUAAUAUUUGUAAGACGACAUAGUGGUGGGUGUGAGACUGGUUACCAUUGCUUGAAUCUUUACAUUGUUCCAAUAAAUCGUUUACAUGA